AUGGGAAAGCAAGGUACAAAGUAUCUCCCUCAGAAGGCGAAGGAUAAGGUGAAGAAGGCACCGUCUGCUUCGUCUAAGAAGAAGAAGGUGGUGACCAAGACGAAACCCACGACCUCAAAGAAGAAGCAGACGCUGCUGCCUAAGAAGAAGCCCAAAAACAAGAAGGUUUCUUGGUCAGAAGAAGGCAAGGUCACCGGCGGGUCCGUACACAACCCCAAGAACACCAACGCCCGGGGCUACCUCAAGACCGUCAACAACAGUCCCUCCGCUGGUUGCCUCAUCAACGUUACCAAGGGUGACUACACCUGGGGCCUCAAGAUCCUCAGCAAGGGUGGCUUCUUCCACCACAUCAAUAACAUCAGCAAUGGCAGUUCCACCCACGGGCUCAAGAAUAUCAGCAACGUCGGCUCAACCCGCUAA